AUGGCAGGAACAGACGAUCAGGUUCCUCCUCCACCGUCGUCUCAUUCGCUUGAGAAGCAAUUCGAGAGUUUCCGUGUUCAGCUUGAAGAAUCUGCAGCUUUGCGUGAGCAGAUUCGUGCUGUUGUUAUGGAGAUUGAGUCCUCUACUAGGCUCAUUCAAGCUAACCUCCUUCUCGUUCAUCAAUCGCGACCCAUUCCCGAGGUUAUCGAGAAAGCUAAGGAAAAAAUCAAUGAUUUGAAGAAGUUUUAUGGUCAGCUUGCUGAAAUUCUUCGUGAGUGCCCUGGACAGUACUACAGGUACCAUGGGGACUGGAGAAGUGAAACACAGGCAGUUGUCUCUCAGCUUGCUUUUAUGCAUUGGCUAGAAACUGGAACUCUUCUCGUGCAUACAGAAGCUGAAGAAAAACUUGGGUUGAACAGUUUGGAGUUUGGAUUGGAGACGGAAGAUUAUCUUACUGGAAUUUGUUUCAUGUCAAACGAUUUGCCUAGGUACGUGGUUAAUCGAGUGACAGCAGGAGACUAUGACUGCCCAAGAAAGGUGAUGAAUUUCUUGACGGAUCUUCAUGCAGCCUUCCGCAUGCUCAAUCUCAGGAACGAUUUUCUCCGCAAGAAAUUCGACAGUAUGAAAUAUGACCUACGAAGAGUCGAAGAAGUUUACUACGAUGUGAAGAUCCGAGGUUUGAUAUCUGGUGGCGAUCAAGGAAUCCAAGGCCAACAAUCCUAA